AAUGAACCUCAAGCCUGCUGCACUAGCAGCCGCCCCACCUCGGGGCACGGGAAGUCCACACGUGGCGAACGCGGAGCGCAUUACAUCACUCGGAAGUCCCCGCAUCCUGUGAAGCCUGAGCCGGGACAAAGGAGGCCCGCGAGAGGGCGGUCCGUCUUUGCCAGCAGCUUGGGGCCCACUGUCAGGCGUCCUCCUCUGAGUGGCUAUUUUAACUGUUCAUUUAUCCUUUCCUUCUAUGAAAAGAUCCCGAAAAGAGGCAAAGUGAGCGAGAAGUCGCGGGCCCAGCCCACAGCGGGGAGUCUGUGACCUUUGAGGAUGUGGCUGUGACAUUCACCCAGGAGGAGUGGGGACAGUUGGAUGUGACCCAGAGGGCCUUGUACGUGGAGGUGAUGCUGGAGACCUGUGGGCUUCUGGUUGCACUGGGUGACAGCACAAAACCUGAGACCUUAGAGCCUGUCCCUUCUCACCCGGCCUUGCCUGAGGAAGUCUCACUCCAGGAGCAACUGGCACAGGGAGUCCCAGGAUACUCCCAGUGGGGGCAGGCCAUGGAUCAGGAUGGGCCAUCUGAAAUGCAGGAAGACCUCUGGAGACCAGUGACAGACCCACAGAGUGAGAACCUCCACGGGGAAAUGAGCCUUGAACAUGAAGGUUUGGCGACAGCUGAUGGUAUGUGUUCAAUGAUUCUACAGAAACAAGUGUCUCCAGUAGAUGCUCUCUAUGGAUUUGAGUCAUAUGGACCCGUGACAGAUUCCUUGAUUCAUGAAGGGGAAAAUUCCUAUAAAUUCGAGGAAGUGUUUAAUCAGAACUACUUCCUUGUUCAGCAUGAGCAGAUCAACACUCAGGUGAAGCCCUACGAUUGCCCAGAAUGCGGGAAAGCCUUCGGUAAGACCAAACACCUCCUUCAGCAUCACAUCAUCCACACUGGGGAGAAGCCCUAUAAAUGCCUGGAGUGUGGGAAGGACUUCAACCGCAGGUCACACCUCACACGACACCAGCGGACUCACAAUGGAGAUAAGCCUUUUGUGUGCAGUGACUGUGGAAGGACCUUCAACCGCGGGUCACAUCUCACACGGCACCAGCGGGUUCACAGUGGAGAGAAACCUUUUGUGUGCAAUGAAUGUGGAAAGGCCUUCACCUACCGCUCCAAUUUUGUCUUGCAUAACAAGAGCCACUAUGAGAAAAGACCCUUCACGUGCAGUGAAUGCGGAAAAGGCUUUUAUGAGAGCACAGCCCUCCUUCAACACUUCUUUAUCCACACCGGGGAGAAGCCCUUUAAGUGCCUCGAGUGCGGGAAGGCCUUCAACUGCAGGUCCCACCUCAAGCAGCACGAGCGGAUCCACACCGGGGAGAAGCCCUUUGUGUGCAGUCAGUGUGGAAAGGCCUUCACCCACUAUUCCACCUACGUCCUGCAUGAAAGGGCCCACACGGGAGAAAAACCUUUUCAGUGCAAAGAAUGUGGGAAAGCCUUUAGCAUUCGCAAAGACCUCAUUCGACACUUCAACAUCCACACUGGAGAGAAGCCCUACGAGUGUUUACAGUGUGGAAAGGCUUUUACCCGCAUGUCAGGGCUCACAAGGCACCAGUGGAUCCAUACUGGAGAGAAGCCCUAUGUAUGCAUCCAAUGUGGGAAGGCGUUUUGUCGGACCACAAACCUCAUUCGACACUUCAGCAUCCACACUGGAGAGAAGCCCUAUGAGUGCGUGGAGUGUGGGAAGGCCUUCAACCGCCGGUCACCCCUCACAAGGCACCAGCGGAUUCACACUGCAGAGAAGGCCCAUGAACACAUCCAGAGUGGGAACGUUUCGUGCCAGAGCACAGAUCUCAUUCAACAGUCCACGAUCCACACUGAGAGUAGCCCAGUGGGUGCAGAGGAUGUGGAAACGCCUUCAAUGGCCGCUCAUUCCUCCUCCUUUGACAUCAACGGGUUCAUGCUGGAAGAAACGCUACCAUUGUAACAGAUGCGGAAAGACUUUUUACACACACUUCAGUCAACAUCCAAGAAUUCCUGUUAGGGAAAGAGUUUUUUAAUAUAACCACUGAAGAAAAUCUGUGGUGAGAGGAAACAUCUUACCAUCUGGUCAUUCACAGUGAAGAGAAACUCAAUAAGCAUCAUCUCUGUGGGAAAACCUAUUUUAGAUCAUCAUUUGUCAUCUAAACAAUUAUGUUAGAAAUUGACACAAUCAAGAGUCUUAUUCUACACUUGAUAAUUCACAUGAGAGAGACCCAAUGGUUAUUGUGCACUUAAGAAAACCUUCAGCCACAUCUUGUUGGUUUACAGUGAAAUGUCAUCUCAGGGACAUUCAAACAAAGGAGGAGGAGACAUAGGGAAGAGAAAGAAAUGGAAGCACAGCUUCUUUCAGACUUCCCUGACAAGCCCGUGGCAAUUUGUCAUCCCCUCCUUAUUUUAUUUGGGAGAGGGAAAUGUUUCAGAAACAAAAGGGCCUCAUCCCCUUUAUUCUCCCUGUGUGUACAUUCACUGCUGUCCAGUGUCAGGACAGUGAGACACAUGGUUUGUUUGAAAACAUCUUGUGAAAGCCUACUUUGUUCCACAGCGUGGUUUCCAAUCUUGAGGAGCAGAAGCAUACAUCUUUAUGAGAAAGAUGGAGGCUUGAGUUAUGAAAUACUUUUACACUUGAGGAGAUGAGGAUGUACCAUGAAUGGGCACAUUUCAUACAUCUUUAUGAGAAAGAUGGAGGCUUGAGUUAUGAAAUACUUUUACACUUAAGGAGAUGAGGAUGUACCAUGAAUGGGCACAUUUCACUGCAUACUUAAGAUGGUUUGAUUUUUUUUAAAAAAUGUUUCUCCAUGUGUCUUUAACCAUCCAGUACACAUACUUUUUUCUUGAUCUGUAUCAACUUUCUUUUUCUUUCUUUUUCUGUGGGAGGGAGAUGAAAUUGUAGUUGUUUGUACCUGAUGUAAUCCUGUGGGGGGUCCUGAUUGUUCCCUCUGAUUGUGCUUUCUCAGCAUCUUUACUCCUCUUUGGAGAGAGUAAAGAGUUCAGAGUUCACCUCAGCAGUUUUUGAGAGGUCAGUUUGGAACUAAAAAUGAAAUCAAACGUGUAGCUAAGUUAAGUUAAAGGAUUAUGACAAACUCUAACAGAGAAGGAAUCUCAUCUUCAGUCUUACAGAAGGUUGUGUGAAGGCUGACGACAAAGUGACUGGAAUUUUAGCAGGUAAACCUGCGUCGUAUAUGCAGGUAGCUGUCACCAUGGAUUUAGUCCAGUCAUCAUAAUAUGUUACAUGAGAAUAUUUUGGAAUUUCUCUUUUGGUAUUAUUUUUGUUUAUUAUCUUUAAUUGACACAUCAUGUUUAUGGGGUUCAAUAUUAUCUUUCAAUACAUGUGUGCAAAGAGUAAAGAUCAAAUCAGGGUAAUUAGCAUAUCCAUCUCCUCAAGAAUUUAUCAUUUCUUUGUGUUUAGAAACAUUCACAAUCUGCUCUUCUAGCUGUUUGAAAACAUAAAAUGAAUUGUUGCCAAUUGUACUCAUCCUACAGUGCCACAGAACACUAGAACUUAUUCAGAUGGAAUUUCACUUGCUGUAAUUUCAUAUUUGUUAACCAAUCUCUGCCUCCCUGCUGCCCUUCCCAGCCUCUGGUAACCACCAUUCUACUCAACUUUUUAUGCUUCCAUAUAAGUAGAAAUAUGGAGUAUUUCUCUUUCUGUGCCUAACUUACUUAAUGUCUUUAAAGCUCAUUCAUGUUGCUGUGAAUGACAGGUUUAUUUUUCAUGGCUGAGUAGUAUUCCAUUGUGUAUAUAUGCCAUGUUUUCUUUCUUCAUUCUUCUGUUAGUGGACACUUAGAUUAAUUUCUUAGCUAUUAUGAAUAGUGUUUCAAUAAACAUAGGAGUGUAGAUCUUUGACAUACAGAUUUUUUUUUCUUGGAUAUAUGCCCAGUAGUGGUACAGAUCAUUACCACUGGAUCAUAUGAUAGUUGUAUUUUUUAACUUUUGUUUAAUUUUUUAAAAUGGGGUCUUACUGUAUUGCUCAGGCUGGUCUCAGACUCCUGGGCCCAAGCAGCCCUCCACAGCAGCCUGCCGAGCAGCUGGGACCGCAGGUGCACACCCCCACGCCUGGCUGUAGUUUUAGUCUUUUGAGGAACAUCCAUACUGUUUUCCAUGUGGCUACACUAAUUAACAUUCCUGCCAGCCAUAUGUAAGAGUUCCCCCUUCUCCAUGGUCUCAGCAGCAUCUUUUGUUUUUGAUCUUUGGUAACAGCCAUCCUAACUGAGGUGAAAUGCUAUCUCAUUGUAGUCUUGAUUUGCAUUUCCCUGAUGAGCAUUUUCAUAUACUUGGCCAUUUGUGUGUCUCCUUUUGAGGGAUAUCUAUCCUUACUUGCCCAUUUUAAAAUCAGAUGUUUUUAAAUUGCUGUUGAGUUCCUUGUGUAUUCUAGAUAUUAAUCCCUUUUAGAUGAAUAGUUUGCAGACGUUUGAUCCCACUCCGCUCGUUUUCAUUCUGCUGUUCCCUUUGCUGUGCAGAAGUUUUGUAUGUUUGUGCUUCUGUUACCUGAAUUUUUAGGUCUUUGUAAAAUCUUUGCCCAGACCAGUAUCCUGAAGCAUUUUCCAUUCUCUUCUAGUAGUUUCAUAGUUUUUGCUCUUAUAUUGAAGUUUUUAAACCAUUUUGAGUUGAUUAUUUAUCCCACAAGCAUAGAUUCAAAUUGCCCUAAAAAUACAUUCCCAAUUUUUGUUUUUGCUUUUUAAUUAUUUUUCAGAGACAUAGUCUCACCACAUUAGUCCUGAACUCCUGGACUCAAGUGAGCCUGUAAACUCAGCCUUCUGAGUAGCUGGGAUUACAGGUAUAAGCCAGCAUACUUGGUGUUUUGAGUUGAUUUUUGCAUAUGGUGAGAGAUAAAGAGUCUAGUUUCAUUCUUCUGCAUAUGCAUAUGAAUAUCCAGUGUCCUAGCACCAUUUAUUGAAUAGACUAUCCUAUUCCCAAUGAAUGUUCUUUUUAUGCCUUUGUUAGAAAUCAGUUGGCUGUAAAUGGGAUUUAUUCCUGGGCUCUCUGCUUUGUUCCAUUGGUCUGUGUGGUUUUUUUAAAAUUUCCAAUACCAUGCAGUUUCGGUUACCAUCGCUUUGUAGUAUAUUUCAAGGUCAGUUAGUGUGAUACCUCCUAUUUUAUUAUUUUUGCUCAGGAUUGCUGUGGAUAUUUUGUGAUGUUAUAUGAAUUUUAGGAUUACUAUUUCUAUUUCUGUGAAAAUGUUACUGGUAUUUUGUUAGAGAGUACAUGGAAUCUAGUUCAUUUGAGGUAGUAUGUUCAUUUUUUUAAAUAAGCUAUCUCUUACAGGAUAGUAUGUUCAUGUUUAUAAUAUUAACUAUUACAAUCCAUGACCAUGGGAUGUUUUUCCAUUUUUAUGUGUGCCCUCUUUGAUUUACUUCAUCAGUAUUAUGUAGUUUCCUUGUAUUCUUAGUGUUUUAUUUUUGGUGAAAUAAUGUAAAUGGGCUUGCUUUCUUAAUUUCUUUUCAGCUAAUUCGCUGUUGGUGUAUAGAAGUGCUACUGAUUUUCGCAUGUUGAUUUUGUAUCCUGUAACUUCAGUGAAUUUGUUUAUCAGUCCUAAGAGUUCUCUUGGUGCUAUUUUUGGAGUUUAGGGUUUUCUGAUCCUGUCAUGUGCGUACAGAGAUGAUGUGACUUUACCCUUUCUUAUUUGCAUGCCCUGUAUUUAUUUCUCUUGCCUGAUUCCUCUAUCUCAGACUUCCUCUACUUUGUUUUAAAAACAUGUACCCACUUUCACACUUUUAUCUGUUUGAGAUUGUAGAGAAAGCUUUCAGCUCCUUCCCAUUAUGCACGAUAUAGCUGUGGGUUUGUUAUUUACUACCUUUGUUGUGUUGAGGUACAUUCUUUCUAUUAAUACGUAUAAGUUGUUAAGAGUUUUCAUCAUGAAGGAAUGUUGAAUGUUACCGAGGCUUCUUCUCGGUGGAGGGGAUCACAUCCCUUGUUCUUCAUUCUGUUGAUGUAUCAUGUUUAUUGUUUUGUAUAUGUUGAAACCAUUCUUGCAUCCCUGGAAUCAGAUUCACUUGGUCAUGGUAAACAAUCUUUUUGAGGUUUUUUUUAAUUUGGUUGGCUCAUAUUUUAUCGAGGAUUUUGACAUUUAUGUUCAUAGGAAUAUUGGCCUGUAGUUUUCUUUUGCAUGUGUGUGUCCUUGUCUGGUGCUUGGAUCACGGUAAUGCUGGCUUGUAGAAUGACUUUAGAAUAAUUCCCUCCUCUUCAUUAUUCUGGGAAAGUGUGAGAAGAAUUCAUAUUUAAUUUUUCUAAAACAUUUGGUAGCAUUCAGCAGUGAAGCCAUCAUCAUGGACUUUCCUUUCAUGGGUGACUUUUUAUUACUGAUGCAAUCUUGUUACUCAGAAUUGGUCAGUUCAGGUUUUCUCUUUCUUCUUGGUUCAAUCCUGAUGGGUUGUAUGUGUCCAGGAAUUUGUCUUCUGCAGCUUUUCCAAUUUUUUGAUUUGAGGUUGUAUAUAAUAGUCUCUAAUGACUCUAUUUUGGUGUGUGUUUGAUUUUAUGUGGGUCUUAUCUCUUGGUUAGUCUAAUGGUUUAUCGUCUUUUCAAAAAACCAACUUUUCAUUUUAUUGAUCCUUUGAAGUUUUUUAAGUCUUGGUUUUAUUUAUUUCUGUUCUGAUCUUUGUUAUUUCUUUCCUUGUCAUUUUGGGUUUGGUUUGUUCUCUUCUGGUUCCUUAGGAAGGAUCGUUAGAUUUUUUUUUUCUUUUUUUAAGAGACAGGGUCUUACUCUAUUGCCUAAGCUGCAGUGUAGUGGCACAAUCAAUUCAAACUUCUGGGCUCAAGUGAUCCUCACACCUCAGUUUGAACUCCUGGGCUCAAGUUCUCUCCCCUCUGCCUCCAGAAUAGCUAGGACUACAGGCAUGCACUACCAUGACCAGCUAAUUUUUUUUUUGUAAAGAUAGUGUUUUGCUGUGUUACCCAGGCUGGUCUUGAACUCCCAGCGUUAAGUCAUCGUUCUGCCUUGGCCUCCCAAAGCACUGGGGUUUCAGGUGUGAGCCACCACACCCAGCCAGAUCUUUCUUGUUUUUGAUAUGGGUGUUUAUUGCUAUAUCCUUUCCUCUUAAAACUCCUCUUGCUGCAUCCCGUACAUUUUUACCUGUUGAGUUUCUAUUUUCAUUCAUUUUAAGACAUUAGUUUGUUUUCUUAAUUUCUUCACUUAGGCCUUGGUCAUUCAGAAUCAUGUUACUCAAUUUCCAUUUAUUUGUACUGUUUUAAAAGUUCCUCUUGUUACUGAUUUCUAGUUUUAUUUCAUUGUGGUUAGAAAGGUACUUGAUGUGAUUUUAAUUCUUUUAAUUUUUGUGACUUGUUUUGUGACUUACCAUGCAGUCUCUCCUUGAAAAUAUUGCAUGUGCUUAUGAAAAAAAAAGUGUGUUCUGUAGCUGUUGGAUGAAAAGAACUGUCAGUGUCUUUUAAGUCCAUUUGGUCUAAAGUCAGUUUAAACUCAAUGUUUCUUUGUUGAUUUUCCGUGUAUAUGAUUUGUCCAUUGCUGAAAGUGGGGUGUUGAAGUCCCCAAGUAUUAUUGUAAUGGAGUCUGUCUUUCCCUUUCGAUCUAAUAAUAUUUGCCUUACAUACCUGGGUGCUCUGAUAUUGGGUGCAUAUAUAUUUACAAUUUUCGUAUCCUCUUCCUGAUUUCAUCCCUACUGUUUUUGAUACAAAGUCUCUUAUCUGUUGUAAGUAUAGCUACUCCUUAUGUAGUCAUGAUUAUGGGUAAUAUAUAUAUAUAUAUAGCUACUCCUGUUUGCCUUUGGUUUCCAUUUGCAUGGAAUAUAUUCUCUUCCUUCACUUUCAGUCUAUUGUGUCUUUCUCUUUUUUUUUUUUUUUUUUUUAGGACAGAGUCUUGCUCCGUUGCCCAGGCUGGAGUGCAGUGGCAUGAUCUUGGCUCACUGCAACCUCCACCUCCCGGAUUUAAGUGAUUCUCCUGCCUCAGCCUCCCGAGUAGCCUGGACUACAGGCACACACCACCAUGCCUGGCUAAUUUUUAUACUUUUAGUAGAGACGGGGUUUCACUAUGUUGGCCAGGCUGGUCUUGAACACCUGACCUCAAGUGAUCAACCCACCUCGGUCUCCCAAAGUGCUGGGAUUACAGGUGUGAGCCACUGCAUCUGGCCAUAUUUGUGUCUUUGGGGGUGAAGUGAGUUUCCUGUAGGUAGCAUAUAGUUGGGACAUUUAAAAUACCCAUUUAGCAUAUAUGUUUUAAGGUAGGAAUUGAAUCUGUUUACGUCAAGGUUUUCUUUUUAGGCGGAAGACGCACGCCUUUUAUUGUGUUUUCAGAAUGUCUGUUUGUCCUUUGUUCUUUUCUUCCUCUCAUGUUUUUUAUCAUUGUGUUUUGUUUUUUCUGUAGUGAUAAGAUUUGAUUUUUCUCUUUUUUCUUUGUGUGUCUGCUCUACCAGUGAGUCUUACAGUUUUAUGUGGUUACAUAAUGAUGAUGAUUGUCCUUUUAUUUCCAGAUAUGGCAUUCCCUUGAUCAUUUCUUCAAAGGCUGGUAGAGUGCUGAUAAAUUCCCUUGCCUGGGACACACUAUAUUUCUACCUAAUGACCUAAUUUCUUUUUUUUUUUUUUUUUUUUUUUUUGGUUAAAUGGCAUCUUGCUCUGUUGCCCCAGCUGGAGUGCAGUGGCAUGAUCUUGGCUCACUGCAACCUCCACCUCCCAGGUUCAAGCAAUUCUCCUGUCUCAGCCUCUGGAGCAGAUGGGAUUAUAGGCGCAUGCCAUCAUGCCUGGUUACUUUUGUAGAGACGGGGUUUCACCGUGUAGGGCAGGCUGGUCUUGAACUCCUGAACUAAAGUAAUUUGCCCGCUUCAGGAUCCCAAAGUACUGGGAUUACAGGCAUGAGCCACCGCACCUGGCUAUUUCUACCUGAUUUCUGAUGGAUUGAUUUGCUGUGUGUAGUAUUUUUGACCGAUAUUUUUGCUUUCAGGAUUUUGGAUAUAUCAUCCCAUUUUUUUGCUGGCCUGUGAGGGUUUCCCUCACAUGUGACUUGAUGCUUUUCUAGUGGUGCUUUUAGAUUCCUGUCUUUGACUUUUGUCAGUUCAAAUAUAAUGUGCCUUGGAGAUGACCUUUUUGGGGAUCUUUGAGCUUCCUGGAUCUGGAUGUCCGUAUCUCUCAAAAGGCUUGAGACAUUUUAGCUAUUAUUUCGUUGUCUGUUUCGCUUUUCUAAUACUUUACUUUUCAUCUUGCUAUGAUCUCCUUAGCAGCUGUAAUUUCAUUAAAUUUAUUUUAUUGUAUUGUCUUUUUAUUUUAUUUUUUAUUCUUUGAGACAGAGUGUCACACUGUCGCCCAGGCUGGAGUGCAAUGGCACAGUCUUGGCUCACUGUAACGUCCAACUGCUGGGUUCACGUGAUUCUCCUGCCUCAGCCUCCCACGUAGCUGGGACUACAGGCGCACACCACCACACCCAGCUAAUUUUUUGUAUUUUUAGUAGAGACAGGGUUUCACUAUGUUGGCCAAACUGGUCUCGAACUCCUGACCUCGUGAUCCACCUGCCUUGGCCUCCCAAAGUGCUGGCAUUACCGGUGUGAGCCACUGCACCCAGCCUAUUUUCCUUUAUUAAAAAUUUUUAUUAAAUAUUUUCUCUUUUUUUUUUUUUUUUUGCAGACAGAGUUUUGCACUUGUUGCCCAGGCUGGAGUGCAGCUGUGCGAUCUGGACUCACUGCACCCUCUGCCUCUCGGCUUCAAGUGAUUCUCCCGCCUCAGCCUCCCAAGGAGCUGGGAUUACAGGCGCCCACCGCCAUGCCUGGCUAACGUUUUGUAUUUUUGGUAGACAUGGAGUUUCCACAUGUUGCCCAGGCUAGUCUGAAACUCCUGACCUUAGUUGAUUCACCCGCCUCAGCCUCCCAAAGCGCUGGGAUUGCGCCUAGUGAGUAUAUUUUCUAUGCCUCUCGUCACCCUUGAUGUUAUCUAGUAAGUCCUGCAGGCUUCCCUCACUCCUUGUCACUCUUACUCACUCUUCUCUGACUGGGUAAUUCCUAACAAACCGUCUUUCUGUUGCUUAAGUUUGCUAUCGGUCCUCUCAGUUGUACCUUAUAUUUUAUUCAUUACAUUUUCAGCUGCAGGAUUCCUGUUUGGUGAUUUUAAAAUAUUUCUUUCUUUAAUUUCUCAUUCAUGUUAUGAGUUGUUUCUCUGAUAUUAUUGAAUUAUCUUUCUGUAUUCUCUUUUAUAUUAUUUUUUCCUUUUUUUUUUUUUUUGUUUUCGAGAAGGAUUGUCACUCUGUCACCCAGGCUGGAGUGCAGUGGCACGAUCUCGGCUUAGCAAUCUCUGCCUGCCUGGUUCAAGCAAUUCUCCUGCCUCAGCCUCCCGAGUAGCUGGGACUGCAGGUUUGCAUCACCACGCCCAGUUAAUUUUUGUAUUUUUAGUAGCGACAGAGUUUCACCAUGUUGGCCAGCCUGGUCUUGAACUCCUGACCUCAAGUGACCCUCCUGCCUUGGCCUCCCAAAGUGCUGGGAUUACAGGCAUGAGACACUGCGCCCGGCCUUGUUGAGUUUCUUUGGUUUUGGUUUGUUUUUUUCCUACUAUAUAAAGUACAUCUGAGCAGACUUUAUUGAGGUUUUUUUUGUUUUGUUUUGUUUUGAGACAGAGUCUUGCUCUGUUGCCAGGCGCCAGACUAUAGCGCAGUGGCGCGAUCUCGGCUCACCGCAACCUUCGCCUCCUGGGUUCAAGCAGUUCUCCUGCCUCAGCCUCCCGAGUAGCUGGGACUACAGUCAUGCACCACCAUGCCCAGCUAAUUUUUGUAUUUUUUAGUAGAGACGGGGUUUCACCAUGUUGGCCAGAAGGGUCUCGAUCUCUUGACCUCGUGAUCUGCCUGCCUUGGCCCCUUGUUGAGUUUUUAAAAGAUUAUUUUGAAUUCCUUUUCUUGUAAUUGGUAAUUUUCUUUUCAUUAGAGAUUGUUACUGGAGAGUUACUGUGUUCCUUUCAUGGUAACAGGUUUCCUUGCUUUUUCACGUUUCUUUUGUCCCUGCGUUGAUGUCUGUGCAUCUGGGGGAACAGUGGCCUCUUCCCAUUUUUCUCAGUCGCUUUCAUAGAGGCUUCCCCCUGCAGUUGGUCCUUGGUGUGCCAGUUGUUUCCAGAUAGAUGAAAGGGUGUGGUCUUUGUUCAGCUCUGGCAACAGUAUUUAAUGUUGGCAGUAACUGUCCCAGGUCGUAAAAGUUUGAGGCAGUGGUGACGUAAGUUGUUAAUGGCAGGGGCUUUUUAGAGUCCUAUUUUCAUUUGUCCCACAAUGAAAUUACUUAGCUAUGAAGAUACGAGUUGUUGUCAAGUGUCAUAUGAGUGGCUCUGGGUUCCAGGUGCAGGUGCUCAGGGCAGCUGUGGGUCUGGGGUUCUAGGCUCAGCAUCUGAUGGACCUACUGUGGCACCUGGGUUUUGAGCUGGAGAUUUGCUCCGUGUGGUAGAAUUGGAGGUAGGUUUACCACAGGGCCAGGAUCUGUGACUCUGAUGUACCCCCUAGCAGCUUGGGCCUGAAGGGCCAGGUUGUAGCUUUAAUCUUGUUUCUGGGUGGCGGGCUACAGCACAGGCCCAGCUCUGGGGAGUAAGUGGCGCUCUGGAGUUCUGGGCCAAGGAAGCAGGAUAUGGCCGCAGUUUGGUAACCUGAGCCAUUCAGGCUCGUUGGCAACUCGGGUUUCUGGCAUAGCACAGCUUUUAUGUGGGCAAUAGGGAGCAGCCUGCUGAUGACUCAACUCCCCAGGGAGAGCGCUGUCUCAGCAGGUCAUACUUUACGAGGCUAGGCUAGCCCCCUGGCAGCUGGUUACCUAGCUGGCUCCCUACAGUGAGUACUAAAGUUGUUUGGCCUGUAGUGUGGGUGUCUCAUCUCAUGCCGUGCUUUGUUUCCCUGGAAUGUGAGGUACCAUGUCAGCCCAGCCCAGGAACGCGUAGCUACUCAGUUCGGGCAAGGCACGGCAUCUCCAGGGGGCUGUGCGCCUCUUCGGCUCAGGUCUAGGCUGCCUGACUCCUCAGGCUGGCCCAGGCACCAUUUUUCUGGGAUGCAGGAAGCUGCUUCAGAUGAGGUACUGGGCUGUGUGUUUGCUUGGGAUGGCCAAGACACAGCUACCUGGGAGGCAGGGCUGCUUCACCUUAGGCACUGGGGAGGUAUGAGCUCUCGAUGGCCAAAGUACUGUUUUCCCAGGAGGCAAGGUACUGCGUCAGCUCUGGCCUAGAGGGGCGGGAUGCAGCAGCCACUGGGAGGGGUAGAUGGAGGAGCUACACCAAGGCAUCCUUUCCUCAGGAGCCAGUGUGCAGCUUCAGCUCAGGUGCCUGUAAACAAGGCAGUUUGGGGAGAAGUAGACUGAGAGGUAGGUGGUGAGCGGUGGAUGUUGCAGGUCUGCCAGAGCGUUGUUUUCCCAGGAGGGAGUGCACAGCUUCAGCUCUAGUCUAAGGUGACAGGACGCAGCCUAGAAUAGGGACUUGAGGGUUAGGUGGUGCCGCUCUGGCACUGCAUGGCCCCACAUGGGAAGGUGGAAAAGCUGCUUAUAGAUGUUGGGCCACCAGGUGGGGGUGGUUGGUGGUGGCUUAUCCUCAGGGAUGAAGGGGUGCCAUGGGUACUCACCCCUGGAACCAGACAGACUCCAGCAGUUCCAAGAUAAACAGUACAGUAGCUGGGUAGUCCACAGCGGGGCAGGACAGUGUCAGCUCCUUCCUCAGGAGCAUAGCUGUGUGGACUCCAGGCAGGUCCCUCAGCUAAACCUAGUGCCUGUGAGGGCUGCAGGAGACCCCAGUGGUGAGGACUGUAGGUGCCCAUGGUGGUGACGGAUGCUGCCAGUAUGCCACCGCUCACUUUUUCCAGACAGGGAGAAGUUCUGGUUUUCAGCUGAUCCUCACUGGGGGAUUGGGCCGUGGAGGCCCGGUGUUUUCUUUCCUUCUCUACUCUGCCAUCCAAGUUUCUGGUAUUGCUUUGACCUCUUCUGCUGCUUUCCCUUAGUUCUUUGCAUUAAAACAUAGUUACUUGUUAUUUGGGCUGUGUAGGGGUGGGGAGAAGGGACUGCUAGGGACUGCAUCUAGGGACUGCUAAGCUGCCUUCUUGCUGACGUCACUCUCUUGCUACAGAUAUUUGGUUGGAAACAUUUUCACUUGUAUUCUGUAAAUAACUAGGAGUAGAAUUGCUGCGUCAUGUGAUACGUGUGUAUUUACCUUAUAGGAGACUGCCAAGUUGUUUUCUAAAGCGGCUGUACCAUUUUGAUUUCUCAACAGUAUUUUGUGGAGCUCCAGUUCUGCAUCUUUGUCAACAACGGGUUUUGUUACACUUGAAUUUUUUCAAUUUAACAGGUGUUAGAGGUGUCUCAUUGUGGAUUUAAAUUGCGUGGCUGAAAUAUCUACUGAUAUUGAGCAUUUUCUCAUGUGUUCAUUCUUCAUAUAUCUUUAGUUAUCUGUCCAAAUGUUUUUUUUGAGAUGGAGUUUCUCUCUUGUUGCCCAGGCUGGAGUAGAAUAGCGUGCUCUCCGCUCACUGCAACCUCCUCCUCCUGGGUUCAAGUUCUCCUGCCUCAGCCUCCUGAGUAGCUGGGAUUACAGGCACCUGCCACCAAGCCCAGCUAAUUUUUUGUAUUUUUAGUGGAGACAGGUUUCACCACGUUGGCCAGGCUGGUCUUGAAACUCCUGACCUCAAGUGAUCGGCCGCCUCAGCCUCCCAAAGUGCUGGUAUUACAGGCACGAGCAACGGCACACUGCCCUGUCUAUCCAAAUCUUUUGUGCCAUUUUAAAUUGUUUUUCCUUCUUACAUUAAAUUUUAAGAAUUCAUUUUAUCUUUUAACAUCCUGAGUGCUAGUUAUUUGUCAGAUACAUGUUUUGCAAACCAUUUGUCUGUAUUUGGGCUCUUUUUCUUAUCUUGGCAGUGUAUCCUGAAGAGUGGUUUUUAGUUUUGAUGUAAUGCAGAACAUGUUGGUGGUUUGUGUUCUUCGGUAUCAUAUUCUUGUUGUUGUCGUUUUAUAGAUAUGGGGUCUCACUGUAUUGCCCAGGCUGAUCUUGGUCUCCUGAACUCAAGUGAUCCUCCUACCCUGGCCUCCCAUCCUGUCUACCUAAUUAGAUUUGGUGUGGGUCAAUGUUACAGAGCUUUGACAUCUGUUUGAGUUCAUGUUUAUAUAUCGUGUUACUGAAGGUUUUCAUAUUAAAUUUAAACAUACUUAUAUUUUAUAACCAAACAAGUCAUAUUGGGGCAUACUCAUUAGGAUUGAGUGCUUUCUUACACCAAAAUACAUGUAAACAAACAAAGAACAAAAUACGUGUAUACAAAGAUUUUUUUUUCUUUUUUCUUUUUUUAAAGCUACUGCAAAUCAAGUAUACAAAGAUUUAAAACACCUUUAUAAUAACAACUGUAAAUAGUUCAAUUGACAGUCAUUUGUAAGAUGUUUAAACAAAUUGUGAAACUAAUUAAGGGGAAGAAAACAUACUGAUUAAAACUGCUGCUUUUAUCCAACAAGAUGGGUGAAUUUCCCAGGAAAGAAUACUUGAGUCCAGGCCUGCUCAAGUCCCAACCUGUUUGUGGUUUGAGGUUGCUCUCCGCCUCAUAGAGCAAGUGGGGAGUUUGCCUUCUAAGAAGACAAGUUUUCUUCUCUGAAAAAGUUGUCUACAUAGUUGGCUUUGGCAAGGAGUGACAGGACAAGAUUAAGCCCUCAUGAUUCUGGAUUUCCUGUUGAGGUUGAGAGAAAAGGUAGUGACUAUAAUCAGAAAAUCUAGAGUUACCCCCAGAACUCAUCACCUUAAAAAAAAAAAUGUUUUUUGAACUGACAUGCUUGAGCUUUUUUUCUUUUUUCUUUUUGAUGGGUUCUUGCUACAAUGCAGUGGUGCAAUCACAGCCCACUUAGCCUUGUCCUCCCUGCCUAAACAGUCCUCCUGCCUCGCCCUCCCUAGUAGCUGAGACCACAGACGCAUGCCACCAUGGUGGCUAAUUUUUAAAUUUUUUGUAGAGACAAGGUCUCCCUAUGUUGCCCAGCCUGGUCAUAAACUCCUUGGCUCAAGUGAUACUCCUGCCUCAGCCCUCCUAAGUGUUGGAUUAGAGGCAUGAGCCACUGUGCCUGGCCAGAGCUCACCACUGUUAACUCAGCCUAGGUUUCACAGCAGUCACUGAAAUAGAUUUAUUAAUAAUAAUAACAGAUACAUAGCCUCAUUCCCAAAGAAACUUGGAGAGGCAAUGACAUGCCAGAUCCACAGUAGCAAAUACUGUAGAAUUACGUUUUCAAGUUUAUAAGCGAACAUCACACGUGAUGAUAAAGAGAAAAUAUUGGUCACAUUUAUGUAGAUUUGUGCCUGAGAAGCUACUGGGAAUGUUCCUCUGCAUACUAGGAAUUACAUGGGAAACUCAUGUAGACGGCCUUCAGGCUAUUCCUUGAGAUUCGUCUGCUUAAUCUUAUUUACUUAUACAUGAAUGAAAAAUGGGAAAAAUGAUCAAUGUAAUAAGCUAACACACUCAACCUCGUCCCUUGAUGAUAUAACACAACAAAAUCAGCAUGCUUGGCAUGAGCCUGCCAGAUUGCCAAUUCCAUCCUACCCUUGAGAGGAUGCAGAAUUCUGCCUUCAUAGUUCCACACCUUCAGUGUGUAUCCCUAAUAGUAGCUAUAUUUUUGGCUGAUUUAAAAACUGAUUUUAAUGGAAUAAUGCUAUAGAGAUGCUUUGUGUAUUAAUUGGAUAUAUCGCUAUUCUUAAAGAGGUUUGAAAUGAAUAUACCUUUCUGAUUAUCUCUAAUCACACAGACAUUCAGUGAUACUGCUUUAGAAUUCAUGAACUGCGUCUCAUGAGACUAUGUAGAGGUGACACUGUAGGUACACUGUAAGGCAAAACUUCAGGUUGAAUAUCCUGUGGCAAUUUAAAAACAGCAAAUUGUGAGGUGAAUAGUGAGCUUGAGCACUUUAAGGGACCAUAGGGAGCCCUUCAGUGUAAUGACGGCAGUGCUGAGCAGAGAGGUCAGGUGAUUGGCCCACGCCCACACCCGGAGGGCAGGCCCCACCUGCUUUUCCUAAUUUGUUAGAUCACUGCCUCUUAUACUACUUAGAGUAAGUCCUAGGAAAUUGGUGUUGUCACUAUUUUACAAAUAAAAUCUUCUUCAAUUUUUGUUUCCUUUGUGCCUGGGUUACUAAGUAUUUUGUAAUUUAAAUGUCAAGCAUAUUUUUAAAAAAUCAAGUGUCUAGGCUGGGCAUGGUGGCUUACACCUGUAAUCACAACGUUUUGGGAGACUGAGGCAGGAGGAUCACUUGAGGCCAGGAGUUCAAGGAAUCUUUUGUUCUCUACACUAAUUGUAUUUUCUGUUUUAUUCUAUGAGAGUUAGAGAGGAAUUUUUUUCUGAUACUAUUGUCUUUUUUCAUUGUUUGUGCGAAAAGAAAACAUUCUGCAACUGAUGUCUGCUGUUUGGUGCAGAUUUGUCCGAUACGGUGUAUGAUUCUAAUAGAACAGUGUCAUGCCUGCCUUCCUGAAAUCGUACUGAGAUAGCUGAUGUUGAAAUAUCCUGGUUUAUCCGUAUGUUUAAUUCUUUAUUAUUAUGCUAAAUUUUUUUAAUGGAAUUUGAAUUGAUUUUAAAAAUUGUAUACAGGCCAGGUGCAGUUGGUAACACCUAUAAUCCCAGCACUUUGGAAGUCUCAUGCAGGAGGAUUGCCAGAGACAGGAGUCUGAGACCAGCCUGGGCAACACAGUGAAACUCUCCUCUUUAUAGAAAGUAAUACUAAAAUUUUAAAAAGUGUAUAAACUGUAAAGUAUAUUUUCCUGGUGUUCUCUUCCUGAUUCCUACCUGUCAGAUGCAAAUACACAUCUGUGUGUUUGUGUUUAGUAAUUAAAAGGAUGCAUUUUUCAUAUUUCUAUUUCACAUAUUUCUGUGACAUUAUAUCUUAGAUGUGUAAUUUAUGAACUAUUACUGGAUUAUUUUAAUCCAUUACAAAUUAUUCAAGCAUUUAUUCUGUAUUCAAUUCAUAUGAUAGCUAAUAUAUUUGGUUUUAAGUGCAUCUUAUUUUGUGGGUUUCUUCUGGGCUGUUUUUUUAUGCUUUCCUUUAAAAGUAUGUAUAGAUUAUUAAUAUUCUUAAUUUUCUUUUAGUUUGAAAUGUAUAUACUCAUUCAUUAGUCUAAGAUAAGAAUUAUAACACAUCUCGGCCGGGCGCGGUGGCUCACGCCUGUAAUCCCAGCACUUUGGGAGGCCAAGGUGGGCGGAACACCUGAGGUCAGGAGUUCAAGACCACCCUGCCAACAUGGUGAAACCCCGUCUUAAAAAAAAAAAAAAAAAAAAAAAGAAUGAUAACACAUCUCUAACCUGUCAUAGAACUUAAUACCUUUACCCUUUUCUUGAACACAUCAGAGGAUGUUACUGAGUGUAUUGGAGUAUAGCAUUUCUGUUAUUCUGCUCAGUUAGGAGAUACCGUUCAUAUUGUAUAGAGAUAACAAGUAAUUGUAUUGAUCUGCAGAUGCAUCUAUCUAUUGGAUUCUCAUUCCUUCUACCACUGCAGACCUUUCAGCUGUAAUCACUUUCCUUUGGCCUUAAGGAUAACUUUUAGGGUUACUUUUCUACUAAAUUUACAGUUUUUGACCAGAUAUAAUCUUAUUUUAUGCUCUUCCUGAAAAAUACUAUUGUGGAUAGAAAUCUAGGUUGAUGGUUAUUUCUUCAGCAGUCUGACCAUGUCAUUCCACUGUGUCCCUGAUCUCCUGUAUAUUGGAUGUGAAUGGAGACAGUAUAUAUUGUGUUUAUAGUUUUUCUGUGCUAUAGGAACAGUAUUCGAAUCUGAUGCAAAGGACAACACACCCUAGAGAUUGUAACAGUGAGAUGAACCUGGUGUUUGGAUGGGGUUUCGAGUUGCUGGAUUAAUGGAGUUACCGUGUACAAUGCAUAGGAGACAUAAUAAAUUAUAGAUCUGGUGAACAAAUGAA